GCGCUCUGAUCAAAAUGCAUGUCAACGCAUCAACCACAGUGGUUGUUUUAGCUUUGCAAAAAAUUGCCUAAGAAGGUUAGUUAACUAUAUUUAGAAGCGCUUGCAUGACUCAGCACAAGGGAACAACCAUCAAAGACAACGUCCUGCGCUCACCAUAUGGUAAAGGAACUGAAACAUCGCAAUCAAGCUAUUUAGAUCCUAUUCGGAUGCCCGGUGGCUAUAUUUGCCAUGCUGGGGCUAUAGAUAUGAAAAAGCAGAAGCUUUACUGCUGCCUUCGCAGCAUAGUUGGCUGCCGCCGCCCUCGCCUUUCACCCGAACAACUUCAUGUGAAAGUCCACAUUAGCCAGGUUUACAUCCAUAUACAGACCAGACAAAGAAAAGCGUCACACCCUGUUAGUCGUGGUCGUGAAUGCUCGCUAGGUGCUGUAGCUUAUCGAGGUGGUUCUACUUCCAUUGGGCCUUGUCACAUCAACACGGCUUCCCCGUUGGAGGGAGCGCUUGAUUCCAGGCGUUCUUUCUCCUGGUACUGUGUUUCAUCGGGACGUAGGGACCAAUUGCUGCGGCAAUGUGUAGGAAGCGAGCACCAACCUAGUCAAACUACAAAUUGUUCUAGAAAACACGGAACCCGUAGCUUUACUUUAGCUGCCAUGAAUCACCGUCGGAGUUCCUCUAGCUCUUCAACAUACGGAGCUAGCGCAUCUGCAGCUGUACCGGGUGCAUCACCAUGUCGAGCAUUUAUCGCUUUAGGGAGCAAUCAAGGUGACCGCAUUGCUGCGAUCGAGCAAGCCUGUCGAGAAAUGGAAGCUCGUGGCAUCAGAAUCAUACGGACUAGUGGCCUCUUCGAAACGGCACCUAUGUAUGUGACAGAUCAAGAGUCAUUUUUCAACGGUGUUUGUGAGAUCGAGACUACAUUGGGUCCUACGGCCUUAUUAAACACACUUCAGUCAAUUGAGACUGGUAUGGGAAGACGCAAAAUUAUAGACAAAGGGCCUCGUAAUAUAGACCUUGAUAUCUUGUUAUACAACAAUUUAAAAUUCUCCGACCCUCGACUGGACAUACCCCACAAACUCAUGUUGGAGCGGGAAUUUGUCUUGCGGCCUCUUUGCCAACUAAUACCUAAAGAAUGCCCUCCCCUUUCAGACAAAAAACUCUCAUAUCAAUCGUAUCUUGAGUCCCUCCCACCCUCCAAUCCCCCCCCGGUUGCCGUAACCCCGUUAUCCCCUCACCUACCACCCCUCAAGCCUUCCGACCCCACACGCACAACACACCUAAUGGCCGUCCUAAACGUAACGCCAGAUUCUUUUUCUGACGGCGGACAAAACUCCCCCGCAAACCUCGCCGCCCUCGCCGAGACUAUUCGUACCUUUAUCCGUAAUGGUGCUACCAUAAUUGAUGUAGGCGGCGAAAGCACUCGCCCAGACUCCGUCCCCGUGGCUGAACAAGAGGAACUCUCUCGAGUUAUUCCAGCCAUCCGACUUAUCCGUUCCCUACCAGAGGCCAACAAGAUCGCUAUAAGUAUCGAUACGUAUCGUGCCGCCGUCGCGGAGGCGGCAGUUAAUGCGGGAGCAGAUAUCAUCAAUGAUGUCUCUGCGGGUGCCAUGGACCCAAACAUGCCUGCUACUAUGGCGAAGCUCCAGAAGACGGUGAUGCUCAUGCACAUGCGCGGCACGCCGCAGACAAUGACCAAACUUACCGAUUACAGCGCAUAUGUUCCUAGCAGCGGCACCGGUAGCGCUAGCAGCGGCACCGGUAGCGCUAGCAGCGGCACCGGUAGCGCCAGCGGCAGCGGGCUAAUCAAUGGCGUUGCCAAUGAACUCAUGGAGAGAAUUAGAGCUGUGGAGAGUGCUGGCGUGCGGCGCUGGCGGAUCAUUCUCGAUCCUGGAAUUGGCUUUGCGAAGAACCAAGCGCAGAAUCUAGAGUUUCUGGGGAACAUGCAUUGUUUGAAGGAGGGGUAUGAAGGAUUGCGCUAUUUUCCGUGGUUGGUGGGGACGAGUCGGAAGGGGUUUAUUGGACGCAUUACUGGCGUUACGAAGCCGAAUGAAAGGGUUUGGGGUACCGCGGCGGCUGUGACUGCGGCUGUUGCUGGUGGAGCGGACGUGGUGAGGGUUCAUGAUGUUGAGGAGAUGAGGCAGGUGGUGAAGAUGGCGGAUGCGAUUUAUAGACGUGGCGAUUGAAGGAGUUCAGUGGGUUCUUAAGGGGUGUUGUGUAUCACGUUUGUCCUUUUAUGUUCACUUUUAUUUUUAUUUUUUUGGUGCUAGUGUUCAACAAAAGUUAUGAUCGGACUUCUUUUAUUUCAACAUCAUGUAUUAUGGAUUCUACUUCAUGGACUUUUAUAUAUAUUUGGAUCGAUACGAUGAUAUGGCGGCUGUCUACCUUUUUGUAUGCUAGCGGUGCAACAGGCUAAAUUUCAAUUUUAAUGCGGAGCUCGAAUAGCGUCCAAUGGAAUUGCCCAUUAUAUCGAGCAAAACGUUUUGAACCGGUUGUUUAAGGUGUUAUUUACAGAGGCAUCAACUAGAUUUUAAGAUUG